GCUCUCUAUAGUUAUCCAACUUUUCCAUUUUCAUCCUUGUAUAUCUCUCAUCUCAUCAACAAACACUCAGUUUGAUAUUUUGCGGGUCGCUUUCGGUCCUAAAGUCGUUCCAUUUUAAAACCAAUGGAGAAGAUACGAAAGAUGAUUUCCGGAAAGUCGGUGGUUAUAUUUAGCAAUAACUCUUGCUGCAUGUCUCACACAAUCAAGACUCUCUUCUUAGAUUUCGGCGUGAACCCGGCGAUCUAUGAGCUAGACGAGAUCAGUAGAGGAAAAGAGAUUGAGAAUGCAUUGGCUCAGCUCGGCUGCAGCCCAACCGUUCCUGUGGUGUUCAUAGGAGGGCAGCUGGUUGGUGGAGCCAAUCAAAUCAUGAGUCUUCAUCUCAAUCGUUCUCUCCUUCCAAUGCUUAAACGCGUUGGGGCUUUAAUUUAAGCAAGGAUAGUGAUAUACCAUCAUUUUGAUCCGUUUUUAGUCAUGGUAUAUUGGUGUUUUUAUUAUUAUUUAUUAUAUUAUAGAAACUUUUAAAUAUAUUUAUAGAUUCAUGAGUAUUUUUGAAGAAAGUGAUGUUUUGGAGCAUUUUAGAGA